UUCAAUCAAAGCCGGGCGGGUUGUUAGUAUGAAACGGUGAGGUAGAAAACGGUACUGAGCUAGCAACAAAAGUAACGUUAAAGCAGACAGCCAGCGCUAUACGAGAGGUAUAAAGAGCCACAUUUUAACGGAUUCUCGAAAAUAAUUUGACAGUAAAAAUGACGACGACCACCACUUUUCAAGGCAUGGACCCAGGAGCAAAAAGUAGCUCCAGGGUACUGCAACCCCCGGGUGGGGGCUCCAACAUUUCCUUUGGAACAGAUGAGGAGAAGCCCAGCACACGCAAGAACAGGACUGCCUCUAACAUCUUUGCAGAGCCUGAAGAUCCCCAUGCCCACCGGAGGAACAAUCCACCUGGAGGGAAGCCCACGGGCAUCUUGUGUGGAGAACCCUCCGCCCCACUCAGGAGAUGUCACGCCCAGCCUGCUGUGCCCAACGACUCGGUGUCUGAAGAGGCCAUCACUGGGAAUGGAGACCAAGAGAAGCCAAAUACUGAAGAUGCAGAGGAGCCCGGUAACGUGCAGGAGUUGAACGAGGGGCCACCGCAGCCCUCGGGCCCCUCAUCGUCUGCCGGGGCCCCCGCCGGCCGGAGGAACCCUCCUGGGGGCAAGUCCAGUCUCAUCCUGGGUUGAGUUUGCCGGCCUUCCUCAUCCUGAGUCUCAAAAUCUCUCUUCGCCCCUCCGUCUGUGAGCCAUACAAUUCUGUCCUCUCCAUUGUUUUUUUUUUUGGAUAUCUCUUUUGACAGAAGCACUUUAUGUAACUCCUCUGUUUUAGUCCCUCAUGUAGUGCAUUGGGUCUGCUGGAUAAGGCAUGAGGUUCGGUCGUCUUCAUUCUUCCCUGGAGUGAAUCGUCAGAGAUUUGUCACGUGGGAACCUAUAAAUACAAUAAAGACUGACAAGUUGUAGCUUUCGCUCCACGUUCAUUGUUGAGAAAAUGCAUGUAUGUCUCGUAUGUAUGUCUUGCCCUGGUUGAUGGAACUACAUUUCUCUGCUGGAAAUUGUUAUGCUGGAAAGCCUUUGGGUGUUGGUUUAAAAUCUGAAUCUUCUCUUGCUGGUUAGGUCACUAUGUAGUAAUGUAACGAUGCAAAUGUACAAAGCAUUUUGUUUUUGGUGGCGGAUACUUGGUGUGUGACAUGUUGUACAUUAUUUCUCUUUACCCUGAAAUUGCCAUGUAGAGCAGAGGUCUUCAGCUGAGGGCCUGGUAAUAUGUCACUUUUCUAUUGCCUUGUUUCUGGAAGAGUCCGGCCAUCUGUCAACCCUUGACAAUGAAACCUUUAGACACCAUGACAUUUGUCCUUACUGUUCACUCGGACCUGAUGGAAGCACAACAAUCAUCGACAAAGCCAGAGUUAUUUUAGUUUUACGUACAGAUGUUUUUGCUCCAGUCAGUUUGUGUGAACAAACUUAAAAUGACAUUCUUGUAAAUGUCACAUUGGAAUGAAGUGAAAAACUGUAAUGCAGUUGUGGACCACUGGUGUUGGUUUUUAAAUGUCCACAGGGGGGUGCUCUUGUGUCAAUCAGCCUCAUUUCACAAGUUUCCCUCUAAAUGAAACUAGAUUUUUGUUUUUUUUUAACUAGUGGAUUUAAAACGCACUUUUCUAUUGCAGUAAAUGCGUACAUUACAGUAUAUUGUAUUUUGAAACCAUUUCAAAGUUUCUUUUUGACUGUACUUACUCUGCCUGUUCUGGUUCUCAUUUCUAAGGAGCAGCCUUAGGAAGCGAAACAUUGGUGUAUUUUAUGCACUGUGCUGUAACUGUUAGGGGAAACCAUAAAAGUGACCUUAUGACAGGAUAGGGAUGCAUAUCGCUGACAACAUCACUUUUGGCUCCAUUUGACCGCCGCCGUACUGUUUCACUACUGGCCUUUCAUAUUUCUGUGCUUUGAUUGUUUGCAGAGAGACUGUUUUAAGCACACUAACAUUUUAACUGUAUGUUACUGCUGUUUCUUUGUAUAAAACCUACCAAAGGCCUUUUUGUAUUUUGUAUUUUUGUUAUAAUUUCCCAGUAGAUAUAGGCUAAGACCAGUUGCAUUUUUUAUUAACUUAACAAGUUGUACUAUGUAUAACCGUAAAUGUGUUGAUUUGCUUUAUUUUUUAAAUCUGUGGUAAUAUGGCAUUCAUGGUUUGAAAUAAGGUUAAAUGUGAGACCAGUAUUAGUGUAAAUAUGGAUUUCUGCUUAACAGGUGUAUGGUGUACAGAAGUGCAUAGAUCUCCAGGCUUGCUACUCAUUCUGUUAUCUUUACUAUGAUCAUUUAUUUUUAAGACAGUAUUACUGUUUUUGCUUACCUGGUGUCCUUAUCCUGGGUAAUCUGCAUAGUUUGUAGUUCAUAAAAAAGCCAUUAGUAGCUUUAAAAAUGCAUAGCAAAAAGACAGGUAGUGCAGUGUUUUGUUAAAGUAUUUUGACAGUUGCGAGGCAGUGUUAAGAGCAGAGUCUUAGAAAGGUUACGAUGGGCCCAACUGGCCGAGUUUGACAGGUGGCUAGAAGUGGACGAGAAGAGGAAGUGUGCAUGAGCCAAAUGACUAAAAAUAUGAGCGAUGAGAAAAUGGCCGUCAAUUGUGCAAAUUGCAGGAAUAUAGACGACUGGAACUUCAUAUUUACGAUUAGGUACUGGCUUUUUAAAAAACAAAAGAUCACUGAAGCAUGUUGGAAAUAUGUUUUUGAUAGAGGCGUUUAACUUUAAGGUUGAGUUUUAACUUUAAGGUUAGGGUCCACUGAUUGUUCUGGUGUUCAUGCUUAAGUAGUAAGCAGUAAGUGUGACAUAUCGGUGUUUUUCAUUUUUGAUUGAACACCCUCAAGGUAUUUCAGCUUUGUACACUCCAAUUCUAAAUGUUAAUCGUUAAAAUUGUGAAAUAAAAGUGUUUUUU